AUGCGAGCCCCUGCUACAUCUACAGGAGCAAAUCCUGCUUAUACAUCAGGAUGUGCUCAGAAGAACUUUGACAAGGCGACCUGGGAUAAGGAGAAAAUGGAUGACUUUGUGCUUGAUCUCACACUUUUGGCCGCCAUUAAUAAUGCCAAAGUACAGUUUGCCUCAACUUCGGCUGACAUAAAUCAGGACUUUGUCAAGACUGAUCUUCCCGAUGCGUGUGACACCUGGGUUGCGAUUAUAAUUGGUGGAGCACUUGGUGCUGUUGGGGGAGUGUAUGGUGCUGCGGCUGCAGCUAUUCCAGCUAUGGCCAAGGCCGGCGGUAUCACUGCUGGUGUAGCAGGGGCAGCAAGUGGUCUUGAUGGAAUUGGCCUUGGAAUUGCUAAUACUGCGCUACCAGGAACCAAAGGCGCUAGCCUUUCGGAAUAA